AUGUUGGCCACAAGAGCUAAUGCUCGCCUCUGCUCUGCAAGGCAAAUCGGCCAAAUCGCCAAGUCCGUUUCCAUGAGCCCGGCUCCCCUCCUUCUAGCCAGCCGACCACUUCUCGGAGCCCACCAUGAUUUCCCCAGCCAGGCGAGGAAUUUUGCCCUGUUCUCCAUUGUCAAGGACAAGGUCCCCAAGAAAGAUCUAGCGUCCACUCGUCACACGAAGCCCAUUUUCCCUGGUCCAGUUUAUACGGACAAAGAGCUUCUCGGAGUCGAGGUGGGACACCGAGAGCCAGAGACUCUUGCAGAUUCCCUAGCAUGGAGGCUCGUAAGGGGAGCGAGGAAACUGGUUGACUUCUCCACGGGUGUGACGGACAAGAAGCCGCUAACGACGGCGCAAUACAACACGCGUAUUCUUUUCCUCGAAAGUAUAGCAGCUGUCCCCGGAAUGGUUGCAGCCGUCCACCGACAUCUACGCUCCCUCCGACGAGGAGCCCGUGACCAAGGCUGGAUCAAGACACUUCUUGAGGAAGCCACCAACGAAAGAAUGCAUCUCCUCACAUGGAUGAACCUGGCCGAGCCCGGUUGGUUGCUGAGGCUGAUCUUUAUCGGUGCCCAGGGCGUCUUCUUCAACAUUUGCUUCGUCGCCCGUUGGAUCUCCCCUAGCUUCUUCCAUCGUUUCGUUGGUUACGUCGAAGAGGAGGCCAUCCACACUUAUUCGAGACUGGAGCGCGAGAUUGCCAACGGCCAGAUCGAGGGCUGGUCUGAUCCCAAGUUUCCUAUUCCUGACAUUGCUGUCGAGUACUGGAACAUUCCCCAAGACAGGCGAACGAUGCUUUGGUUGACACGAUACAUUCGUGCUGACGAGGCCGGACAUCGUGGCGUGAACCAUACUCUUGCCAACCUUGAUCAGCAGACCGACCCGAACCCAUUCGAGCCCGAUGAAAAUGACCCAAAUCCCACAAUCCCGAACGCCGUGCUAAGGGUUAAGGGAUUCGAGAGGUCUGAAGUCAUCGAGGAUCUCCACACACCCCACAAGGGAGAAAAGGACGCCGCGGCCCACUGA